ACAACAAAAAAAGACCUUCCGGCGAAAGACGACGCAUUUCAUGAUUUUGCUUUGGUUUUUCACUUAAAAUACAUCAUGCCAUUACCUGCAGCAUUAGCAGCAAGAUUGGCCAAAAGAGGGCUUGUUAAGGCCGAAGAACGCAAGCCUCCACAAAAGCCAGAGGAAGUGGAAGAAGUUUUUGCAGAAGAUUACGAUGAUCCUUCCAAUCCAGAACCAGCCCCAGAAGCACCCCUCCAGUCUGCGGAUGUUCCUCCCAGUCAGGUUACCAUGGUACACAUAACCCCAGACAAAGAACCGCCCACAACUGAGACUUUGAUCUUCGAAACCAUAAACUGUCCCAACAAGUGGAACCCUUAUCACAAGUGUGUCACUUACUGUCGCACCCACUGGGGGGUGAAGGAAUUCCUCCCGGAGCCAGUCAUGUUGAAGCGUCGUGACCGCCACCUUCGAAAAUAUCCUCUGCCUGAUGGCUGGAUAGAGGUUGCUGAUCCUAAAACUGGCAGAUACUACUACUGGAGCAUUACAACAGACCAAGUCUCUUGGCUUUCACCACUUCAUCCCAAGUCGACCAUCACACUGCCAGCCGACAGACUCCAAGCAAUGCUUGAUAGCUCAGCGCGAGUUACCUUGAAUGACAAGGUCAAUGAGGAGGAACAAAUGGACAUGGAGAGUGAUCUGAGUGACAUGAGCAGUUCGGAAUCUUCGAGUGAAGAUGAACGAGAGCGCCGCCGAGACCAUGGCCGUGACAGACGAUAUGGCCGAGGUAACCAAGGAGACAAGAAAGUUUCAGGUAACAGGAGAAGUAAGGAAGAUACACUGGAUCCUAUGGACCCUGCAUCAUAUUCCGAUAUUCCCAGAGGUUCGUGGUCUGACGGGUUGGAUCAGCGGGGGAAAGCCAAGACAGGCGUGGAUGUCACUGCAUCCGGCCCACUCUUCCAACAGCGGCCGUACCCAAGUCCUGGAGAUGUCCUACGAGCAAACAGAGAAAUGUCGGAGAAAAAAUAAUGAAAGCCUGGAUGCCUGUGAUGGGUUGUUUUAACAAAACCAGCUGUGUGUUUAGGUCCACUCUAGCUCAAGUGUCCUCUAGCUCUGUUCCGUUUGUAAUGUGAGAAUAUGGCUAGAGUAGUCUUUGAGUUAAAAACAGUUGAUUUGGCCAUUCGUGAUAACCACAGGAUUAUCAAGUACUCUGUCUACAAUACACACAAUUUCUUAAAUCUGAUGCCAGAGAGCAUUAGUUUGAUUAUUUUGAAGGUACUUGUAACAUUAUACAUACAAAAGAAACCCAACACUCAUAUUGAAAUAUAGCAAGAUGCUUUCAGAUAGAUGUGUUGGGUUUCUUCUUGUAACAUUUGUGCUAGUCACUAGGUUUAAUGUUUUGAAUAAACUCAAAAAGGAUGAAAUUAAAGAUCUGUGGCAUCAGAUUCGUGAAGUAUGUGUUUUAAACACAAUAGUUGGCUACCAUUUGUUUGUCGUAAAAAAGACAGUCUAUUAAAUAGAGUGCACACUAACCGCAUUCUGACAUAUAAAGAGAACAUCGCUGGAGGACAUUCGAGCUAGAUCCAGAUGGAAAUGUUUUAAAUCAUUCAUUGAAAACAAAAGAGGAUCAUGAGUGAACACUGAAUGUGACUGACUGAGACGUGUUUCACUUUUAUCAUGUAUACUGUGGUAAAAUCACUGAAAUGAGAAAGAUGGGUAAUAAAUGAAUUCAUUUAUA